CAAACGUCAACGUCUGGAUGAUCGAUUACCGCGAAGUCGCGCCCGGGCCCCAUGCGUGUUAUUUCGCUGCGGUGUUCAACCUGCCGGCGGUAGGGAAGUGCAGUGCCCAGUUCGUGCGUAAAAUCAUUGAGCUGUCCGAGGUGGAAUUGCCCGAAGAGGUGAUGCACGUGAUUGGGUUCAGUCUAGGAGGCCAAUUAGCCAGUCAGAUAUCCAAAAACCUUAAUCCCAUCAAGUUGCCGAGAAUCACGGGACUGGAUCCAGCCUUGCCGUUGUUCUACAGCUCACACCUUAACAGAAGACUGAGUAGCAACGAUGCUGAUUUUGUGGAUGUGAUACACACGGACGCAAUGAUCGAUGGCCAGUUGGCGCCAUGCGGUGACGUAGACUUUUAUGUUAAUGGUGGAUUAUCACAACCGGCCUGCCACAACAGCUCAAGUCAGUUCAGUUGUGAUCAUCAUAUAGCUCCGACAUACUUCGCCGAGAGCAUCAGAUCGAAAACGGGAUUCUGGGCUUGGCCGUGUCCGAGUACGUUUGACUACUUAACUGGCAAGUGUCCACGGCAAGGUGACCUUGAGUUGAUGGGAGAGUGSGUGAAUCACACGUGA